AUGUUGCCCAAGUUUGAGCCCAAUGAAAUCAAAGUCGUGUACCUGAGGAGGUGGUGGUGGGAAUUAAAUGCCAUGUCCACUCUGGCUCCCAAGAUCAGUCUCUCUGCAAAAAAGGUCAGUGAUGACAUCGCCAAAGCCACUGGUGAUCGAAGGAGACUAGAGAUUUCUGUGAAACUGACCAUUCAGAACGGGCAGCCCCAGAUGGAGGUGGUGCCUUUUGCCUCUUCCCUGGUCAUGAAAGCUAUAAAGGAACAACCUAGAGACAGAAAGAAGCAGAAGAAGAUUAAACACAGAGAGAAUAUAAAUUUUUAUGAGAUUGUAGACAUUACCUGUAAGAAGCAACACCGAUAUUUAGCCAGAGAACUUCCUGGAACUCUUAAAGACAUCCUGGGAACUCUCCAGUCUGUGAAUUGCAAUGGUGAUGGCUGUCACUCUUUUUACAUCACAUAA